AUGUCUCCGCGGGCCUCCAGCUCCUCCAGUAGAACACCCCAGUUCACAUUCGUGACGGGGAACAUCCAAUCGGAAGCUCGGAGCCAUGCUAUGAGGGAGCACUGGAAGCGGCGACAUCAGCACAAUCAGGAGGCGAAGACAUAUCACCAGAGGAGACUAUCGCGACCUUUACCUCUCCGUUCGAAGAGCGGCAUCAAUGAAGAUAUUUCACCACCAGCAGAUGCGAUUAGCCCUUCAUGGUUGCCACCGAACGAGGACAUGGACGUGGUCAAUAUUCGAGAGAAACAUCUCAGCAUUCCCGCUCAGCUGUUAUAUGGUGUGACUUGUGCGUUGUCGAGCUCGAGGCCCGACCCGUUCCAGACGUGUCCUGUUCACUUGACGAGCCAGCAUCAGAAACUUUUGCAUCACUGGAUUGGCACCCAUGCGGCUAUGAUGUUCGAAGAUCUAGACGUCACGGAGUUUAAUCCGAUGAAGGAUGUUUGGUUCCCGCUGGACCUUUCCAAUGCUUCGUCUUUCAACUGCAUCAUGGCGCAUUCAGCUGCGCACUUAUCUCAUCUAUACGCUGGCACUCCCCCGCGACGAGGAUCGAAUUCUUCUGAUGCCUUGAAAUAUAAGAUCGAGGCUGUGAGGAUACUACGCCUUUGGCUUGGUGAUCCCGAGAAGGAACUAAGCGACGACUCUUUCGCUGCUGUUGUUCGUCUGCUCACGUUUGAGCGAUACUGGGGUACAGAGAAAGAUUGGAAAAUCCACCGUGAUGGCUUACAAAGAAUGAUUGAAGCGAAAGGUGGAGUUGAAGCGCUCCACGAAAACUGGCGCUUGGAACUUGUGGUUUACCUUGUCUCGUUAAUGUCGCGGCCGUCAUGGCUCGAGUCCACGAACAACCUCGAACGAAUCUCUCGUCCUCUUUUCUCACCCCCCAUUAUGCAACACACCCCAUCUUGCGAUAUUCAAAAGGUCCGCUGCCUUUGGUUGAUAUCAUUCAUCCAAGAUAUGAGAACGUUCAUGGGGUCUGUUUAUACCAGAGGACUUUCUUCGUUCCCCUGUACUCAUGCCGCAGUCGGACUUCUGCGUCAUAACUUCCAGCUCUCUAUUGAGACUUCUGCCUAUGGCGCUUACAUCACGGAGUGGGAAGACGAAAUGCUAGGAUGUUUAUUUUCCAUUAGUGUCCUAAUACAGGAGUCAAUUUCCGCCCUGUCCAAUGGAGAUUCGACAAUACCCACUGGACCGAGCAUACUUGACGGAUUAGAGAUAUCCUUACAACAUUCUCGGCAUAUGUGGGGACGUUCAAUGCACAACUUGCGCUCUAUCUUAUAUGAAAGCCUGACAAGGCUCUUUGAGAACGGAGAAUUCAAGGUGAAUUAUGUUAUGGACCUGGUGCAGGUUCUUGGCACGUUGAGUUUGGAAGCGCGACAGGGAGUCGAGAGAUGCCUUCUUAAUUUGCUUUACUGCCUCGGGAACAAAAACAACAACAACAGACUAUUAACAGAUGACGGUUGGUCGCCAGAUUCGCUUUUAUCAUCAAUGCACGGACAUUAG